AUCAAUCCAAGAACAGGGACAUUUCACCUGUUUUACUGGGAAUACUUUUGGGGUUUUAUCGGUCCACUUUGACUUCAUGGGUAGAAACUUGAGCGUUGAAUUUUUGCUGGAGAAUAGUUAACUUUUGUAAGAGAUAUAGGUUGGUUUGUAAAUUAUCGUAAUCGAUUUGGGUUUUGGAACGUCAGCUUUUAGUACAGAAACCAAUUUCCAGGUUCUCAUCUCAAAAUUUAAUCCUUUUGUAAAGUUUGUAUACUUAAUAGGUAGGUGUAACGAAACACCAACAUGGCAGCUGAAAAUUUGGUUUUGAGGUGUAGGUAGCCUAGGUGAUGCGCUUUUUCAGCGAACGAAAUUUCAACUCAAUCGAAGUUAAUGUUCACGCGGGGUGUAACGGUUCCCUCGUUAUAUGUACAAACAUGUAAUGUGCCUACUUACUUAUAGUUGAUGACACGUUUAUUUAAAAAUUUUAACAAGUCUAAAUUCGUAUUUAUGUAAAAUUUAUGUAAUCCAAAAAAAUUGUUGAAAAGUACAAUGCUCCUAAUCAUUUGAAAAGCAUAACUAAUUGUCUAUUAGCCAAAUUCAUGUAGGCUAGCACGUAGUCCUGUGUACUUACUUACCUAGCACAUACGAGUACCUAAUAUUACGCCCUCAUAAAACAUGCUGUAUAGUUAUAUCGUUGACCACAAACGAAAUCCCUACUUGCUGAACUUACACAGUGGAGUUAGUGAAUAGUAAACACAAUAUUAAUUUUUUAAAGAACGUUUCGGUUUGAUUUGUACCUAAGUCCGAAAAAUGGCUAGUGAACGCGAUAGCUCGAAAAUCGUUAAUUUUUUUCGCGAUUCGACCAUUUUCGUGACUGGAGGCACUGGUUUUAUUGGAAAAGUGAUGAUAAGUAAAUUAAUUUUGACUUGCGAUGUGUCAUGUAUUUACCUCCUCGUAAGAAAAAAAUCUUCAAAAUCUAGCGCAGAAAGGAUGCGAGAACUAUUCGAAAAUCCGAUUUUUAUUCACAUGAAGAGUAAAUUACCCGAUUGUAUGAAUCGUAUAAAAUUCGUUGAAGGGGAUUGUUCUCUUGAAAAUCUAGGAUUAUCGGCGAAAGAUGAAGAAACUCUUUGCAAAUCGGUCAAUUUUGUUUUUCAUUGUGCGGCUGCGAUGAAUAUGUUAGGAUCGUUUGACACAGCAGUCAAGAUUAAUAUUCGAGGAACACAAGAACUCGUUAAUUUAUCAAAAAGAAUAGUCAAUUUAAAGGCCUUUGUGCAUUUAUCUACCAUAAGCGCAUUCAUUGAACAAGAUUCAAUUGAAGAAAAAUUAUACAAAUCACAGCUUGAAUAUGAAGAUUGUCUUAACCUUCUAGAAGUAAAUCACGUAUUGCGAUUGGAUGAAUUUCACAUGGAUAAACUUAUAGGUGAUAAAUUGAACAUUUACUCCAUGACCAAAGCGGUUGCUGAAAACAUUUUCAUUCGAAAUAAAAUUUCAGUCCCAGUAGUGAUAUUUAGAUUCGCUUUGGCAACUCCCUGUUGGAAAGAGCCAAUUGCCGGAUGGGCAGGUAGAUUCUAUGGACCAAAUGGUGUGAUGGCAUUUAAUCUACUCGAUAUUGCUCCACCAAUAUAUUGGGACAAGCCAAUGAUUGAUUUCGCGCCUGCAGAUUUGAUAGUUAAUGCAUUGAUCGCUGUGACUCAGCAUUCCUGCGACAAAUUUCAAAAAAGCAGAAAUAACUUGGAAGAGGUGUCACCCUUCGUGUAUAACUAUUCUAAUCAAAAUUAUGAGAAUCCCCUAUCCUUUGAAGAUGUCAUAUCAUACGCGCAAAAAGAAUUCAAUGUCAAUGUCAAUUUAUAUUCCAGUAAAACUGCUUUUAUCCUUUGGGUAAUCAUGUUCGGUUACAUUCCUGCGUUGAUUGGUGAUUUCAUUGGUGUUUUACUUGGCAAAAAAAUGCGAUUAUUUAAAAUGUGUCAAGAACUCGUUAGUCUGAAUUUCAAUAUACUACGUAUCAAUUCUCAUUGCAAAGUAAAUGGCGAUAAUGUACAAAAUUGCUGGAAAAAUUUAAACGAAUCCGAUAAGAAAUUAUUUUCGUUUGAUUUAAAUGAAAUUGUGUUUGAUGAAUACGCCGCAGUGGCUUGUGAUUCUAUUCGAGAGUUUCUUCGUGCGCAUGUUGACAAACAUGAAAAAAUUCGAUUAGCAGCAUCCUGGGUACCUCAGAUACGAUUUGCAUUCAAAGCAUUAUACUGUGUCUUGGGAGUGUACUGUAUUCAUUUGAUUUACACGUGGUUGGCUUAGUACUCGUAAUUACCAACGGAAGCAGCAACUUUAAAAUACCUAGAAAUACUUACCUACUCAUUAAUUCUUGUUGCUAAUUUAAAUUCCCAAAUUUUAAGCGUGCAUGUAUUUUAUAAAAUGCACAAUUACGAAUAUUUAGCUAAUAGGUAGAUAUUAUUGUAAAUUUUCAAUUCAAAACAUUUAACUAUUUUGAUUAUUAUUGUUUUUAAUGACGAAGUUGUGCUCAAGUCAGGUUUUUGAAAUAAUUAAAUGAAAUGAUCGCGAGCUUAAUUGAAAUGAGCCAAUUAAGUUUGAUAUGUAUUUUGAUGGUUUCCCGUGUUUGACUCCCUCUUUCAAGAUUUAUUUUACCUACUUUUGACGUUCAUGUUUAGGCCACGUGGUGCGAAUAUAAAAUUUUAUAAUCAUUGCUA